UUCAUUCCUGAUGUUACAGAUAUGUCAAGCGUGCUAAACUUUUUCUGGAUUAACUUUUCACAACGCUGGCUAAACUAGAAGUUGUAUCUAAACACAGGAGCUAGAUAUAUUUAAUUUGUUGUGUUUAGAAAUAUUCUCGGAGAAGCUUCUUCAUUUAUCACGAGACACAUUCAAGACAAUAUUGUCAGUGGAGGGGAAUAACGUUACAGAAGUUUUCGUCCAUAUGCUAUUUGGCCUAUCAACCGCUAGUUUCUUAUCCUAGCUGUUAGAUGUCAUAUGUAACUUGAGCCAACUAACGUUAGCAUAUCUAGAACUAAUAGUAGCGUCCGUUGAGUCGGUAACAUCACAUUACCAACGUUGGUUUUCAUGGUCAGUCAGAGAAAGAUGCUUGAAUGUAGUUUACCCGAAUACAGUAACGUUACACUCUUGCUUUAUGCCACUAGCAUCUUGAAGUUAGCUAUACAGUUUACGUUAUGAAGAUGUAUGUGAGUGAUGAUGGCUAAAAAGGAUCAGGUUACAAACAAUAACGUUAUUUCACGUUUAACAGGCUUGCUAGCUAUAACGUGUAUUUAGCCUAAGCACUUCGCGCUGCUUUAAUUAACCUGAAGCAGCUGCACAACUUUUGGGGUUGGAAAACAAUUCAAAGUUAAACUUACUGCUAAUGCCAAACCAUGGAACUUUACCAUGUAUUGGAGAUGAUAGGAGAGGGCUCCUUUGGUCGAGUUUACAAAGGCCGACGAAAGUACAGCGGGCAGGCGGUGGCGCUCAAGUUCAUACCAAAAGUGGGUCGCUCAGAGAAGGAGCUUCGCAGCCUCAAAAGAGAAAUUGAAAUCAUGAGAGGACUGAGACAUCCCAACAUAGUAUUGCUCUUGGACAGCUUCGAGACUGACAGAGAGGUGGUUGUAGUUACAGAAUAUGCUGAAGGGGAGCUGUUCCAAAUACUGGAAGAUGAUGGCAGCUUACCUGAGAGCCAGGUACGUGCAAUUGCCUGCCAGUUGGUGUCUGCCCUGUACUACUUGCACUCCCAUCGAAUUCUUCAUCGAGACAUGAAGCCGCAGAACAUCUUACUCGGGAAAGGAGGAGUUGUGAAGCUGUGCGAUUUCGGCUUUGCCCGUGCUAUGAGUGUGUCCACUCUGGUGCUGACCUCCAUAAAGGGAACGCCACUAUACAUGUCACCAGAGCUGGUGGAGGAGAAGCCUUACGACCACACGGCUGACCUCUGGUCCCUGGGCUGCAUCCUGUACGAGCUCCACACCGGAGUGCCCCCUUUCUACACAAACUCCAUCUUCCAGCUGGUGCAGCUGAUCGUCAAGGAUCCCGUGAAGUGGCCGGAGACCAUGAGCCCGGGCUGCACGAACUUCUUACAAGGUUUGUUGACAAAGGAUCCCCAGAGAAGGCUGUCAUGGCCUCACCUGCUUCAGCACCCGUUUGUUGCUGAUGGAGUCCUAGUGCUCUCGGACGAAGGUUCAUCCAGUCCGCUGACGGUCACUCCCAGUCCAGAUGUGCAGGCCCAGAAGCAGCUGCAGACUGCCGAGAGGACGGCGCCCUCCGCUGGGGAGAGCAGGCUGCUGCGCAAAGCCAGGGAGCAGAGGGACAAGGAGAGGAGAGUCAGACAGGAUCAGAUGGGAACGUCUAAAGCGGUUCCACCAAAUCAGAGCCGCUCCAGAACUGCACCAGCUGGGAAAACCUCCUCUGACAACCCCACCACCGCCUGCCCCCAGUCACAAGCAAAUAGCACAAGGGUCAUAAGGGUGCACUCAGCCCCGAGUAAAGGUCAGAUCAGCAGGGACUACGAACGGGAGUUCCCCUUGGUGGAGGUCGGCCCCAGGCAACUGCUGAAGCGCUCCGGGUCAAAACAAAGCAACCUGGGCUCCGUGCGGAUGGACAGCGAGGACAUUGACAGUGAUGAAGAAUGGCAGAAGUUUGCCGAAGUGACUGAUUGGACAUGUCAGGUUUUGGCCGACUCCAAUAUCUUAUCCCGCCUGAAGGGAAAACUGCUUGCUUCCAAAGAAAAGCUGCUGGAUGGGAUGUUGGAAGGUGCGAGUCAGACUCGGGAACCCCUCCAGGUUCUGAGGAACGUUUUGAUCUCUGACCCGGAGCAAGCCCGCCACGUUUGUCUGGAAGUUGGUCUGCCACACUUCCUGUUUGAUCUCAUUGAGGAUGUUCUUGGCAACACAGUAGUCCUGCAGGCCUGGAGUGGAGCAGUUCUGGGAGACCUGAUGACCGUGCUGCUGGUGUUCUGGGAAAGAUAUCCGGACUGGGAAGUCGCAGGCAGGAGACUGGAAGAUCUCUCCAAGCUGUUCCUCCCUGUGUUGCUGCGUCCCGGCCCACACCCUCUGGUGCCUCUAUCAGCCUCAGUUUUGACCCUUUUCACACACCGUGGUGUGCAUGUGGAGGUUGGGAUGGACAGGCUGAUGGUCAUGUUGAAACAUUUGAUGACAGACCCUGAGGAGUUCUACCACCCCCCACCCCCCCACUGGGGCAUCUGUGACGGCCUGCUCUCGCUGUUGCUCUAUACCGUCUCAGAGGGUGAAGCAGACUCUUUGUCUGCCCUGUUGGACUCUGAUGUUUGGUGCCAUCUAUGGGUAAAAGUGGGAACCUCACUGGAAAAAACAACCAAGACGAACUUGGUGUCGCACAAUGGACUGCGUGAUCUCCUGUCUCUGGCCACGGUCGCCUUCAGCCAUGAGCCGUACAGCUGUGUCCCCCUGCUCUCCGACAGCUCGACCGCCUGCGUGUCCACCCUCAGCCAUCUGCUGGACGCUCGCCGCGGCGAGCGGACUGGCAGCAGAGGCGGCGGGUUCUGGGGCGACGCGGGCGACAACGCCGGCGCCAACAGCCUCCCUGUGAUGAGCUGCCACCUGCUCUGCUUCCCCUUUGCCCUCGAGUUGUCUCCCGAGAAGAUGGCACAGAUCCUCCAGUGCUAUCACAGCGCCAGUGUCGUCAAGGGUCUUGUGCAGGUUAUCCAGUCCUUGCCCCCCUCCUCCCGGCUGGAGCUGCCCCUCACCUUGCUGUGCCGUCUGGCGCUGUGCGACCCUCAGCGCGCCGUGCCCAGCUUCACCGCCGCGGCCUGGGACCGAGGCUUCUUCGCCCCGCCCGGGGACGCCGGACCGACACCGACGAGGACCGAGCCGAGCCAGGACCGGUCUCGGCGGCCAGGGAGCGGAGGGGACCGUUUCACACACGACCCGCUUUCCACGGAGAGCGGCAAGGAGCGGUCGACGGACAGCAGGACGAGGGGAAACGGCGGUCAACACCCGCCGAAAGACCGGACACAGCAGGCCACGGGGAGGGCAGAGCAAAUGUGGGGAGGAGACGGUGCGUCCAUCAAAGACAGCCUUGACCAGCACAGUGUCCACGUAGAGGAGAUUACGGACAGUUUAGAGAGCUCAAACCUACUCGGUGAGCACAGAGCCCAAGUUAAGCGGACCCAGACCCAGGUCAGCGUUGGUUUAAACCAGUCCAGAACCGUAGAUCACCCCACAGGGAAGACCCACACAGCGAACGCCACGGGGGCGGGAGACCAGCCCGCGGAGGCCGCUCGGGUGCGGACGGCCAGCGCUCUCCUGUCGCUGCUCCUGGAGGACGUGUCUCUGUCGGGCUGCGCGGCCGAGCUGGUCUCCCUGCUGUCGCAGGUGGCGCGCAGCUCCCUCCGUGCCUCGCUGCUCCUGGUGCCCCUGGAGCCCUCAGCGCUGCGCUGCGCCCUGGCCCACCCGGAGGACAGCGUCCGGGCCGCCGCCUGCAGCCUGCUGGGCAACCUGGACCCUCUGGCGGGGCGGCCCGCCUCGGAAGGGGACGACGCCCGUGGCCUGGGUCUGACCGUGCCGGCCGUCCUGCUGGAGGACCUGGUGGAUUGCUUGCGCGACCCGUCUCCGUCGGUGAGGAAGCGGGCGUGCCGGGCGGUGGGCACGUGGCUGGGGCUGAUCGCGCUGGCGGUGCCCGGGGAAGGGACGUCAGGUCAGUCCCACGAGAAGACACUGGACAGAGCAGGAGGCUCGAGCGGCGGCGGCGGCGGCUCUGGGUGGACGGAGGGAUGGAGGGAGGGAUGGACGGAGGCGGCGCUGGGCGCGGUGGCACCUCUGGCGUCGCUGCUCCGCGACCCGGACGCCCUGACGCGGCAGCACAGCUGCUCGGCGCUAGGCAACGCCGCCAGGCUCCGCGGGGCGAGGAGCGCGCUGCGGGACGCCGACGCCCGGCGACUGCUCCUGCACGCCACCCAGGCCGACUCCCAGCAUGCCGUGCAGCGGGCGGCCGCCGCAGCCCUGGGCCUGUUCCAACAGCAGGACGCACAGCAGCAGCAGCAGCAGCAGGCUGUGAAAUCCCUGCAUGCCUGCAACAUCCUAUGCCACACGGCCUCAGACUGUCCCGCCACUAGAUGAUCAUGAUCACUGACUGCAUGUUGAAAAUGGAGAAGGUUCUCUUCAGCCGAUCGAAGACAAACCAGCGCUUCUUCCAGGACUUGAUCUUGCCGCCCAUUUUGACGAGAUGCCCCUUGCACAUCUUUUCGCUCACGAUGACAUAGGGACAGGUGUCCACGCAGUGGCC